GCUGACGAAGGAAGAGGACACGAUCACCUGUUACACUACUCAGACAACGGAAUUUACAGUUUUAUCAGCGUUUUUGUUCGUCAAGAGUAGUAGAGGUAAAAGUCUGCAUAAAUCAUGACAGACGCUCUUUUACCGAACGGCAUUAAAGACGGAGGAGGGGAGCGCAAUUACUUCAAAAAGGGAUGUAACCCUUUUGCACAAACUGGACGAAGCAAACUGCAAAACCAACGCGCCGGUCUGAACAAGGAGAUCAUCAAGCAAAUGCGCUUACGAGCCGGGGCUGAGAACCUACUCAAAGCUACGUCCAACAACAAAGUCAAGGAAAUGGUUCUACUGGAGCUGAGCUACUGCAACUCUAACCUGCAGCUACUGAUGGGGCAGCUGGAAGGCCUCAACAGCUCUGUGGAGGUCUACCAAAAUACACAGGAGACGGCCAACAUCCCUCUGAUUGCUCUAGGCCUCAAGGAAACUAAAGAAGUGGAUUUUUCUGCUCCGUUUAAGGAUUUUAUUAUGGAACACUACAAUGAAGAUGGGAGAAGAUACGAGGAUGAGAUUGCAGACCUGAUGGACUUACGGCAGGCAUGCAGAACACCGAGUCGAAAUGAGGAGGGAGUGGAGCUACUUGCAAAAUACUUCGCCCACCUUCCCCUGGUAGAGAGUAGAUUCUUCUCCCCUUCUCGACAGACAGGCAUUUUUUUCACAUGGUAUGACUCGUUCACUGGAGUGCCUGUGUGCCAGCAAAACCUGUCAUUGGAGAAGGCCAGUAUCCUCUUCAAUAUGGCCGCCCUGUACUCUCAGAUUGGCACCCGCAGUAACAGACAGACUCCAGAGGGACUGGAAGAGGCCAUCUCAUCUUUCCAGAAAGCUGCAGGUACAUUACACCAUCUCAAAGAGACAUUCACCCACACUCCCAGCUAUGACAUGAGCCCAGCCAUGCUCAGUAUGUUAAUCCGGAUGAUGAUCGCUCAGGCCCAAGAGUGCAUUUUUGAGAAGACUGCUCUACCGGGGAUCAGAAACCAUUUUUAUGCUCUGUUAAAAAUGGCCCAGGAAGCUUCAAAGGUGUCAGAAAUCUAUGACCAUGUUCAUCAAUACAUGAUUCAGACCCCUAUUAAAGACAAUGUGCCCCUGUUCUGGUCAACUAUGGCACAAGUGAAAACUAACCACUACAGAGCUGUGGCCCACUACUUUGUGGCCUUGGCGCUGUUGGACCACCAGCUUGGAGCACAGGAUGAUGAAGACCAGCAGGAGAAAGCCUUGUCACAGGUCUAUGAUCACAUCCCAGACGGACGCACUCCUCUGGACAUCCUGAAGAGAAGAGAGGAGCGUGAGAAGAUUGGUAAAGCACACAUUCGCCGGGCCAUCCUGUGCCAUGAAGAAGCCUUGAGGGUUUACAGUCUGUGUCUCCACUUGAACAAGCUGGAAGUGCUCCAAGAGAUCCUGAAGGCCAGUUUGCAGCGCUCUGUGGAAAAGUCCAGUGCACACGAAGAGGAGGAGGAGGAGUUCACGGAUUACAUGGAAGCCCCCGACAUUAUCUCUAAGACUGAGCACAAAGCAGAAAUGGAGAUUCCUGCCACCAUAAAGGUGAAAGUCAUCGACUUUUUCCAGAGGCUGGGCCCAUUGUCAGUCUUCUCAGCGAAACAGCAGUGGACAGCACCAAGGACAGUCCACAUAUGUCCUGAAGACCGUGACCUGGGCUUCACUCUAAAAGGAGAACCUCCAGUCCAGGUGGUCUCUCUGGAUCCGCUCUGCACAGCAGCCGAGGAUGGUCUAAAAGAGGGUGACCACAUUGUUGCUGUGGGUGACACAGACUGCAAAUGGAUGGGUGUUGGUGACGUUAUGCGCUUACUGAAAGAUGUUGGUGAAGAAGGCAUUGAUAUCCAAGUUGUUAGCAUGAUGGACUCCAAUUCUGCUAUGCCUACAAAAAGUGCAACAUUCUCUGGCAACCUUCCAAAAACCUACUCUAUGAUUUGCCUGGCCUAUAAUGAUGAUGACAAACAUCCCAAGGCAAACAAAGUGAGCAAGAAAUCAUCAUUUUUGAGUUGGGGUAUCAAAAACAAGCUGAAAAGUACCAGCACCCUCAGUCUCCCUACAGCAGACCAGUCUGUUUCCCAGCCCUGGAAUAAACCCUGUCCAAGUUUCCCUAGAGCUAGUUCACACAACAAUGACAGUCUCUAAUACUGACAAAGUCUUUAGUCUUCUGUAUUGUAGCAAGUAAGGCAGCCUACUAUAGUGUGCCUAGAUCUGUGUAUACUGUGUGUACUCUCUACUGGCCUGUAUGUGGUACAGUUCUGACUCAUUCUCUCCCAUCAUUAUAAUGUAGCUCAGUUAGUCACUUGUUUAAUGAUGACAUCAUGGCCAUUUACCUUUUUAUGCACCACACAGCAAGGCUCAUGUGUAAAUGUCAACUUUGUUAUCUGAAGACUGUCAAACUGAGCAAAUGUUCUGUACCAUGUUACAUCACAGUAAGUGCUACCACUGAGAAUCAGACCAGUUAUCAGUAUGGUGUCUUACACGUUUUGGCACAUUCCACUCAAACAAACUUAAAAUGACUUAAAUAUUACUACUCAUGGUAAAUUUGUGAGUCUAACCUCUGUGCUGACAAUGUAAUAUACUGUUGGUUAGUUUUUUUUUUUGUUUUAGUCAUUGUACGUCUCUCUCACCCUGGGAAAGACAUUUCAUUUUCACAUCAGUUAUUGUCAAAUUGUCAGUGUGUUUUAGGAUUAAUUUUUGUCUUUAUCAAAUGAAUAUGUUAAACUGAUAUUCUUGUACAUUAUAUAGUGCAAGAAAUAUGAAUAUCAAUGCAAAUUUGUAUAAGCUGCUAUAGCGGGCAUAUAGAGAAUCUGUUAUUACUUUGGCCACUUAUUUAUUUCCGAGUCAGCCGAGUCAGUCUCCAGUGUGCCAUACAUCUGUAGAUUGACGAAGGUAUUCUCUGUUGAUUGAUGCCACUGACCAAAAUGCCUCUGUGUCCUUUUAUGCUAGGAAGGUUAAAAACUAUUCAUUUUACAUUAGCCAUUGCUUGUAUUUUGUCCCUACUCUGUGGCACAUUGUCCAUAACGAUAUAAAAGAAUGAUCGUGCAUGUUUAAAUGUGAACAUACAGUUAUACUGUAGUUUUUCCCUAAUGUGCUUGGAAACACUAUAAAUAUUACUUUUUAAUUAAUUUUACUGGCACUUAGUAGUGUUGGAAUAUUUCUUUGUCUACAAAGUAGAUCAUUAUAUACAUUUGAUAAUCAAAUUAUUUAUGUUAAAAAUUAAAGCAAAAAAAAAAAAAAAAUCAAAGAAAGAACUAUGUAAGUUGGUUUUAGAUUUGUAGGUGUAUUUGUCAAGUUGUCUUUUUUGCACAAUUUUUCUUUUUUUUUUUUCAGUUUCAGUUUUUAAAGACCAAGUUAAAAUGUGUAUGCAAAAAUGCAUUUUUAAACACUGAGAAGACCUUUUUACGGUUUCCCUUAUGUCUUAAGUGCUAUUGAUGCUAAAUGAAGGAAACUUUUUUUUUAAUUCUAUUCUAUAGGCUGCUAUACUUUAAUGUUACUUUCUUUUAUCUUUAUAUGUUACUGGUGUUAGUGCAGAUCAGCCUAAUAGCUUAAAUGCCUACAGUUUCCAAUUGUCUAACUCUUGCAUCUUAUUUACUUUGUCACAUUCUUAACAAAGAUUUUAAUAAAUGACUAAAUAAAGGGAUCAAAUAUC